CCUCCCACCGAUGGCGAAGUCACCCCAACGGGGGUGAAGGGGCGGGGGAGCCGGGACGGACUCCGCCCCGCGGCUCGGACCACAACCCCGGCGUCCCCGCCCCCGCUCCGCCCAUCGGCCGGUGGCCCGGGGUUGAAGGGCGUGGAGCACGGAGGAGGUGGCGGCAACUGGAACCUCGCCGCUCACGGGAGCGCGCCCCGCAGCGCACGGGAGCGCGCUCAGCAGCUCGGUGUUCGCCUGCUCGCCGGAGCCCCGCGGUGCAUGCAGUCCCCGGGACACGUGACUGUCAGGAACCAUGAGCAACCCAUUUGCAUACCUCGCUGAGCCUUUGGAUCCUGCACAACCAGGAAAGAAAUUCUUCAAUUUGAAGAAAUUGGACGAUUCAAGAUAUGGACGCUUGCCAUUUUCUAUCAGAGUUCUCCUGGAGGCAGCCAUUCGAAACUGUGAUCAAUUUUUGGUGAAGAAAAAUGACAUUGAAAAUAUCCUAAAUUGGAGUGUCAUGCAGCAUCAGAACAUAGAAGUGCCAUUUAAACCUGCCCGUGUCAUCCUGCAGGACUUUACGGGUGUGCCGGCUGUGGUUGACUUUGCUGCAAUGCGUGAUGCUGUGAAAAAGUUAGGAGGAGAUCCCGAAAAAAUAAACCCUGUCUGUCCUGCUGAUCUUGUAAUUGAUCAUUCCAUCCAGGUUGAUUUCAACAGAAGGGCGGACAGUUUACAGAAGAAUCAAGACCUGGAAUUUGAAAGAAAUAGAGAACGAUUUGAAUUUUUAAAGUGGGGUUCCCAGGCUUUUCGCAACAUGCGAAUUAUUCCCCCCGGCUCAGGAAUCAUCCACCAGGUGAAUUUGGAGUAUUUGGCCAGAGUGGUAUUUGAUCAGGAUGGAUAUUAUUACCCAGACAGCCUCGUAGGCACGGACUCGCACACGACCAUGAUUGAUGGUUUGGGUGUUCUCGGUUGGGGUGUGGGUGGUAUUGAAGCAGAAGCUGUCAUGCUGGGCCAGCCAAUCAGCAUGGUGCUUCCCCAGGUGAUUGGCUACAGGCUUAUUGGAAAUCCCCACCCUCUGGUAACAUCCACUGACAUCGUGCUAACCAUCACCAAGCACCUCCGCCAGGUUGGGGUAGUAGGCAAAUUUGUUGAGUUCUUCGGGCCAGGAGUAGCCCAGUUGUCCAUCGCUGACCGAGCUACGAUUGCCAACAUGUGUCCAGAGUAUGGAGCAACUGCUGCCUUUUUCCCGGUUGAUGAAGUUAGUAUCAGGUACCUGGUACAGACAGGUCGUGAUGAAGAAAAGGUAAAGCGCAUUAAAAAGUAUCUUCAGGCUGUAGGAAUGUUUCGAGAUUUCAAUGACUCCGCUCAAGACCCAGACUUUGCCCAGGUUGUGGAAUUAGAUCUGAAAACAGUGGUGCCUUGCUGCAGUGGACCCAAAAGGCCUCAGGACAAAGUUGCCGUGUCAGACAUGAAAAAGGACUUUGAGAGCUGCCUUGGAGCCAAGCAAGGGUUUAAAGGAUUCCAGGUUGUUCCGGAGCAUCAUAACAACCAAACGACGUUUAUCUAUGAUAACAGCGAAUUCACCCUUGCUCAUGGUUCUGUGGUGAUCGCCGCCAUUACCAGCUGCACUAACACGAGUAAUCCCUCUGUGAUGUUAGGAGCCGGAUUGUUAGCAAAGAAAGCUGUGGAUGCUGGCCUGAGGGUGAAGCCUUACAUCAAAACCAGCCUGUCUCCUGGGAGUGGUGUGGUCACCUACUACCUGCGAGAAAGCGGAGUCAUGCCUUAUCUGUCUCAGCUUGGGUUUGACGUGGUGGGCUACGGAUGCAUGACCUGCAUUGGCAACAGUGGGCCCUUGCCUGAACCUGUGGUAGAAGCCAUCACACAGGGAGACCUUAUAGCUGUUGGAGUACUAUCUGGGAACAGGAAUUUUGAAGGUCGAGUCCACCCCAACACCCGGGCCAACUAUUUAGCGUCUCCGCCCUUAGUAAUAGCGUAUGCAAUUGCUGGCACCAUCAAAAUUGACUUUGAGAAAGAGCCAUUGGGGGUAAAUGCAAAGGGACAACAGGUAUUUCUGAAGGAUAUCUGGCCAACUAGAGAGGAGAUCCAGGCAGUGGAGCGUCAGUACGUCAUCCCUGGGAUGUUCAAGGAGGUCUAUCAGAAAAUAGAGACUGUGAACGAAAGCUGGAAUGCCUUAGCAGCCCCUUCAGAUAAGCUGUAUUACUGGAAUCCCAAAUCUACAUAUAUUAAGUCACCACCAUUCUUUGAAAACCUGACUUUGGAUCUUCAGUCCCCUAAAUCUAUCGUGGAUGCUUAUGUGCUAUUAAAUUUGGGAGAUUCAGUAACAACUGACCACAUCUCUCCGGCUGGAAAUAUUGCAAGAAACAGCCCUGCCGCUCGCUACUUAACUAACAGAGGCCUGACUCCACGAGAAUUCAACUCCUAUGGCUCCCGCCGAGGUAACGAUGCCAUCAUGGCGCGAGGGACAUUUGCCAACAUUCGCUUAUUGAAUAAAUUUUUGAAUAAGCAGGCACCACAGACUAUACAUCUGCCUUCCGGAGAAAUUCUUGAUGUGUUUGAUGCCGCUGAGCGGUACCAGCAGGCAGGCCUUCCCCUGAUCAUUCUGGCCGGCAAAGAGUAUGGCUCGGGCAGCUCCCGGGACUGGGCAGCCAAGGGCCCUUUCCUCCUGGGAAUCAAAGCUGUGCUGGCUGAGAGUUACGAGCGAAUUCACCGUAGUAACUUAGUCGGAAUGGGGGUGAUUCCCCUCGAAUAUCUCCCUGGGGAGACUGCAGAUACCCUGAGACUCACAGGGCGGGAACGAUACACUAUCAACAUUCCAGAAAACCUCAAACCACGAAUGAAAGUCCAGGUCAAGCUGGAUACUGGGAAGACUUUCCAGGCGGUCAUGAGGUUUGACACCGACGUGGAGCUCACUUAUUUCCUCAACGGGGGCAUCCUCAACUACAUGAUUCGCAAGAUGGCCAAGUAGGCCCUCGUUUCUUAGGAGACCUGCACUUGGAGCUGCACCCGGAGCAUGGGCAGCGCCACCAGACAGCUGAGCCCCUGGUGCAGAAGCGUCCCCCGCCUUCACACAGGGCGCUGCCUCACAGAUGGAGCACGUGAACACUGGCAUCCUGGUGCCAUUCCUCCAGUCACAAAAUCAGCAGUUCCUACGUUCUCUAUUUUUAUUAAUCUUUGUACCUUUUUCUAGACUUUGGAAGCAAGAAUGGUGUGACUGUCAGUCGUGCCAGAAAGAACUGAGCUCAUCUUUAAAGUUACUGAUCACAGAAUGUUGAUUUUUCACUCUUAGCCUGUUAAUGUUCAGCUGAACAUAAGUCUUCUCAGAAGUGUCUCCUAUCCUCUUUUUGGUUCCUCUGUUAUCCUCAGCUCAGUGAAAUCUUGCCCGUGAGGGUCAUUUGCCUCUGCAUAUUAUACCAGUGUUAACUGACAUGGGUAGAUAAGAACUUUUUCACACUUCAAAUCACAAUGGUGACUGUGAUUCUCCAAUUCUCCCCCUCUCCCUUGUUCGGAAUGAAUGAUCUAGAUACCUUGUGGACAGAUCAGAUGUUGAAACCUUUUGAUUUUGUACCUUUUGAUGGAUCGACAUUAAAGAAAUGUGAUGUUUUCUUUCACUAUCUUCAAAAUUUUCAUUUGUCCAGAAGAUAACUUUGUUUGAAGGUGGUUUUGGAGAGAGACACAGAACAUUUCUAAUUUGAAUAAAAUUAAAUCUAUUUUCAAGGAAAA